GCCAGGUCCAGUGACGGAGGCGGGGCCAGGUCGAGCCGGGCUGGUUGACCAGGGGGUUGUCCUGGCAACGCGGGUGGGUGACAAACCGGAAAUAGGUGAAUGGUAGCUGCCAAUGUCAGGGUGACACCAGGAGGUGGAGGAUUAUAUUCAAUGUUAUUUUAACGGCAGAAGCUCUGCUUAUUUGUUCACAAGCAGUAUUUUACCUUUAUGAAGAAAAAAUAAAUUAUAUUUGUUAAUAGAGAAUGGCAACACGACGAGCAUUAAAGGCUGUCCUAGUAGAUCUCAGUGGAACAUUACACAUUGAAGAUACAGCCAUAUCUGGUGCACAGGAAGCACUACAGAAGUUGCGCAGUGCUCCUGUAGCUGUGAGGUUUGUGACUAACACCACCAAGGAGUGUAAACGAACACUGUUUGAACGACUACAGAAGCUCAACUUUGACAUCCACGAGGAAGAGAUCUUCACAUCUCUAACGGCAGCCAGAAAUCUUGUUGAGCAAGAGCAGAUCAGACCGUUACUCUUGGUGGAUGAUAGUGCACUUGAAGACUUUGAAGGAAUAGACACAAGUGAUCCUAAUGCUGUGGUUAUUGGAUUAGCUCCACAGCACUUCAAUUACACUACAUUGAACAAGGCAUUCAGGUUAAUUUUAGAUGGUGCUCCUCUAAUUGCUAUACACAAGGCAAGGUACUACAAAAAACUGGAUGGCUUAUCACUUGGGCCAGGACCUUUUAUCACUGGGCUGGAAUAUGCAACAGAUGUCAAGGCCACAGUAGUAGGAAAACCAGAGAAACCAUUCUUCCUUGAGGCUCUCCGAAGCAUUGGAUGCCAACCAGAAGAGGCAGUUAUGAUUGGUGAUGAUGCUAGGGAUGACGUUGGUGGAGCACAAAAUGCUGGGCUGUUGGGGAUUUUGGUAAAAACUGGAAAAUACCAACCUGGAGAUGGAGGAAAAACAAACCCUCCUCCAUAUUUGAUAUGUGAUGCUUUUCCACAGGCUGUCGACCACAUACUAAAGAAACUUCUGUAAAAUUCAUAAAAUGGAUAACAUCCUAGGUCGCAUAGCUGCCUCUUUGCAGACCAACUUGAUGUCAGAGCCAGAAUAACCUUUGGUCUCCUGUUAUAGAAAGUACAGAAUUAAAUGAUACAAGGAAUGUGGUUGCGGUUUUGACAAAUUUAAACUGAUGUCUUUUGAACUGCUCCCACAUGAAUGUCACACAAAGAAAAUAGCAGAAAUGUAGAGCAUCUUGACCCAAAUCCACCACAUGUGUCAUUAGAAGGCAAAGUUGCUGUGAAAAUUAAACCAUGACAAGGAGUAUUGGGAAAUCAAAAGUGGCAAAAAAAAAAUCAAUUAAACAGGAAGACAAGAUGAUAUGGGAAAUGGAGUGCUGGGGUGGUGGUGGUGGCAUUGAGGGGAGGUGGAACUACACAAGAUAGCUUGGAAGAAAAUUCUUGGAUGCUGACUUGUUCUUUGCAAGCCUGCCCUGCAGUUGCAUUGUACUGCGGUUGGCUGAAUCCUACUUAAGUGGCACCUUUAUCCCUCACUUGAGAGGGAGUCCUGCCUUGGGAGCAGCUGGUAGUCCAUCAUUUCUGUCAGCACCAAGAGUCAAUAGUGGCUAUUACGGAGUCCAGGACAGGGUGGGAAUUGAGGUUGUGUCAAGCAAAUGGUGUGGAAGAAGUGUGUUCUUGAUCCACAGAGGCACCCCUGCUCCUCCUCUUCCCCCCCCCCCCAAAAAUUGAAGUCUACCCAUUUGUUCCCGCCUUUCCUUACAUAGGUAUGUAAAAUCAGUCUGCCUCACCAUCCAUUUUAUCGCCAGGGUAAUGUAUUAAUAGCUGAAAAUGUGUUGCUGGAAAAGCACAGCAGGUCAGGCUGCAUCCAAGGAGCAGGAGAAUUGACAU